AUGGAUCACAGAAUCAGAGCAGCACGUGUGGAGGAUUGCACACACAUCCAGAGACUCAUCAUGGAGUUGGCGGUGUGUGUGAAGAUGGAGGAUCAGGUGGAAAUCACACAUAAAGGGCUGGAGAGGGAUGGAUUUGGUCCGAACCCAUUUUUCGGGUGUUUGGUGGCGGAGGUGCCGGAGGAGCUGAAAUCUACUGAAGGACAUACCAUAGUAGGAUAUGCACUGUAUUAUUAUACGUACAGUACGUGGAGGGGUCGCUGCGUCUAUAUGGAGGAUCUGUACGUCAUGCCUGAGUUCAGAGGAAAAGGAAUUGGAAAAGCUUUAUUAGCAUCAGUAGGGAAGGUGUGUGUAGAGCAGCAGUGUGUGAAGUUGCAGUUCGUGGUGUUGGAUUGGAAUAAACCCUCUCUGGAUUUCUACAUGAGUAAAGGAGCUCAGGACCUGACCAGUGACGAGGGUUGGCACUUCCUGCGUUUCUCUGGAGAGGCGCUGAACAAACUGGCACAGGAGGCACCCACACAUUAACCCCCAGCAUUCUUAUUACUGAAAUACUACAUUACCCAUAAUCCCAUAGAGAAAUCCUUCAAUCAGUGUGAUUAUUCAGGUAGAGAUUGUAGAAUCUCUGUAUUCUCUGGCUCACUUGAUUCUAAAAUACAUUUUAGAACUAAACUGUAAAGCCAGUAAAGAUCAUUAGAGUUUUGUAUUUGGUGCUAAAUGUGCUUUGAUCAUCUCUACUUCUGAA